GAAGGGUUGCACAGCAGACCUAUUGGUCUCUUAAACAUUGACGGUUAUUUCAAUAACCUAAUCAAGUUUCUAGAUGAUGCGGUGAGGCAGAACUUCAUGGCUUUGAAUCAGAGGAAACUGUUCAUUUCUUCUUUCUUUGUUGAUGAGCUUUUGGACAAGCUAGAGUUUGCUAAGGCUUUCCCAGGUCCUGGUGCUAGUUCUGAAGAGUUUGCAAAUCCUGGAAGGUUAGACUUAGAGUUGCAUCUGUAACAUUUCCAAGUUGAAAUAAUAUUGUCCAUGUACAUUAUGCCUAGUCACAAAUCUCGUUCUAAGCUGCAUGACCAGUACAUUUCAGAAGAGUAUUUAUUUCCAACAUCAAUAUGUACCAUGUAAAUAUUAAUCCUCUUCUUUAUGUUCCAGUCUCUCACUAUUAACUAUUUCACAACUUGUUUUGUACUGUCAUCUUGUUGCGACUUUUCACGUCAAUAGGGUAUACGAACGAGUCAAUUAUCUUAAUGUUUCUAUGCAGAUUCACUCUAAUGUGUUUCAGAUUCGAUACAUAUAUCGUAUUCGAUCUGGUUUUGGAGACUC